CUUUGUUUGUAUUACUCGUGUAACGUUUUAGACAUGAGCUGAAUUUAUUAAUAAUACCUUCUUGGAGUUGAAUUUCAACUAAAAAAUUAUAUUUACUUUUACGUGGUUCAAAAAGAACCACCCAAAGCUUGAAUACAAUAAUACUCAACAAUGUAAUACUCAAAAACGUUUAAAAAAAAUAAUAAUGGAAGCUUCUAACCAUCAGAAGCCACCUCCAUUCCGAGUGACAUCGGCAAUGAUAAUAGGGGGAAGAACAGCAUUGGAUGAAGUGUUUCUCCCAAUUUCCGACAGCAGUUGUUUGAAAUCUCAGCAGUAUGAAUUGAAACCACUCAUGCAAAAUGAGGAAGGUGAUGAGCAAGGUGAAAGGAACGAAGAAAAUUGUGAGAGGACUUCUUCUGCAUUAAAUGAUCUUUUACCGAGUCAUGAUACAGAGAAAUCAAAUCGCUGUUAUCAAGCAUCUAUUACCUCUGUUAUAGUGAUAGCCUUCAUUUUGUUGUUAGUGAUUUUUGGGCAUCAUUACAUCAAAACACUACUUUUAUGGAUUGAAAGUCAAGACAUCGAAGUGGGUUGUGCUAUUUUUCUAGUGCUGUAUAUAAUAAUUUCAUUUCCCAUAGCCUGGGGUUAUAUAUUGUUGAUGUUAGCGGCAGGAUAUUUAUAUGGGUUUCUUUACGGCCCGUUGUUAGUGCUUUGUUGUGCGUCUGCAGGAUUGCUUGUUUCUAAUAUUGUUAUGAGACACUGUUGUAGACAAUGUUUUAUUGCCAAAUUUUAUAGUCAAAAAGUUGCCGUGAUAAUUAGUGUCAUAGAGAGUGACCAAGGUUUUAAAGUCAUUGCCCUGACAAGACUGACCCCAAUUCCAUUUGGUCUUCAAAAUGGCUUAUUUGCUUUAGCAGAUAUCUCUCUUUUUAGAUACUACACAGCUUCUGUGUUAGGACUGAUGCCAAUGGCUAUUUUAAAUUGUUAUAUGGGAUCAACUUUACGAUCUAUGGAUGAUGUUUUAAGCGAUGAAUCAAAUAAAACAACAGCCUACAUGAUAUUUGGUGCUCAGAUAUUGGUAGCUAUUGGUUUAUUGGGUUUUGUGAUACGAAAAGCUCGAGUUGAGUUGAAGAAGACAGUGGACAGUAUAAGUCAUGUUGAUAAUACAGAUGUAGGUAGUUAUAUUAAUAUUGAUAUACCACUUACGUAGGUAUUUACAACAACACAAUCAGACAUAGUCUCCAUUAUUCCAGCCUAUAUUAUCUAUCUGAAUAUUGAUCUUGACAAAAUAGUAUUAUAUUCUCUAUAUGGUAAUUGGCCCUGUUCUCAUAUACUGGAAAUGUCAACUGAAUCCACAAGUUGACAGUGUACUCUGUAUAUUUUAAAUACAGGGUUAAGAUCAUUUUUCCUCACAACCAAUCGUAGGACAUAAAAUGUAUGAACUUUGACACUGUAUACAGAUUUAGUGUUAUUUUGUUCAGAUUAGUCGAAGCAGAGACCAUGUUCGUUUGUAGAAUGGAACGAUGGACAGGGAUUGUUAGCCCAUACAUAAACCAGAUAUAACCCAAAUUGUGGUCAGAAAUGAUUUACCUGUCGAAUAGGACAGCUUUUGAUCAAAAAUGUCAUUAAUUUGAUAAAUGACAUUGUAAUGAACAUUACAAAAUUUUUAUGAUAUGCAAUAAUUAUGGCAAAUCACCUAGCCUUUCAAAGAUUGGGUGCUGUUAGUCUAAAAAUUUGUAGAAUUCAUUAGUUAAUUUAUUUAUUUAUUUAUGAAUAAAGUUUAGUCAAACAGUGUACCCCGUAUAGUAUAUCUGGAUUUGAUACAGACUAGUCAAUUGUUUCUAUUAAAUAUAACCUACUUGUAAUGAGAGCUAAGGAGGUCUUAUUUAUUAUUUUGCUCCAAGCAGGGUCACUUUGACACCCUGUUUCAAGAUCCAAUGAAAAGUUUAUUUAUGAAUGUGUUAUAAAUUUGUUAAUUUUAUCUUCAUGUUGUUAGUAUAAAUAAUGGAUUCUGUAUAAAUACAUGUAGAUUAGCUUUAUAUAUUAUAGCGUGCCUUAGAUUAAACAACGAUAUUUAUGACCUGAGAAACACGCACUACAACUUUAUAGCAUUAAAAAUGUGUUGUGACUGAUGAUGAGAUGUAUAUAUAAAUUUACUGUAGGUGUAAGUCUGGCCUUCUUGUUGGUUAUUUUCAUGGUGGACAGCCACAAAAGAGUAAGAACAAUGCAAACUCCUGUUUCAUACUUUGACUGAGAAUUUUCAGUCGAAUUCAUUUCUUUGCACUAUAUCGCCUUUCCAAAGAUUGCAGUUGUGAUCUUUAUAUUGAUUAACCAUUAUAAUUAAUAAAUCUAAGCAAAGAGCCAGAGAUUUCAGACCUCGUAGAUGUAUGAAUGGUUAAAUAUAGUGAUUUCAGACUUUGUAGAAUGGUUAAAUGUAGUAGAAAUAGAAUUCUCACGAUGUUCAUUAUUAUUUAUAUUUGUGUCAUUAUAGUUUUGCUCUAAUAAAAUAAGGAAUUGUCAGUUUAACUUUAAUUCGAUUGAACUAAUGUAGGCUACAUGUAAAUUCAAUAAUACAGAUAAUCUAAUUAAAAUUUAGUUCCAAUUUCGUUUUCUUCAUCAUUGAUUGUGAUCAAUCCACCCAAAACAAAACAGUUCUAGGUAAUUUCAAUGAGAGAAGCUAUUAAUGAAAUUAACAAUUAAUUAUGACCUAAUAGUUUUAAUACUCUUAUUAACUGAGCAGGAACCAUGCAUGUUAAGUUUCACUUGUAUUUUAUUGUCAAUGUAGUUUCAUAUUCUGUAUAUAUUUCUCCACUAUCCAGUUAUUAGUAUCAUUUAUUUGAUAAAGUAUCCUCAUUGAAACCUUGCAUAGUAGUAAAAUCCAUUAUUGUAUGUACUAAUUGGAAGAAAUUAUUAUAUAUUAUUUUAAAUAAUGGUUGUAAUAUAUGACAGUGUGUAGGUUUGUAAGGUAUAUUUUAUUCUACUCUUUUAAUUUUUAAUAGAAGUCUUUUCUUACAUAAUUUUUGUUCAAUCGGACCCUUUUUAAAUCUAUGCCCUUUGAUAGUUGAAGGUUAAUGUCAUUUGUUUACAAUCAAUUUGAUUUGUGAUGUCUUCUUGAUUACGCAAAGUAUCCCUUUUAGUCAGUGUUCAUUAUAUUAACAAAUCAAAGCUACAAAAUUAUCACCUUAGAUUACAAUCCACUAAUUAAAUGAACAUUAAAUUACCUUUACAGCUUCUCAAUAUCUUAACGUAACUGUAUUAGUGCUCCCUGCUUACUCAUAUUCAAAUGAUCAUAUUUGAAUAGUUUUUCAAAGCUUCUGUUCACAUUUUUUUUUGUCUCCUAUGAAGUAUUUGAUAAUAUUUGUCCAAUAAAAACAAAUAAUAUUGAAAAAUAAAUAAAUGAUGAAACAUUUUAUUUGAAAGAUUCAUCAUUUUUAGAAAUAGGAAAUUGCAUCAAAAAUAAUCCACAAAUUGAACAGGUUAAUUGAAUUGACUAUUUGUAUAGCAAUUGAAUUAUGACUUACAAAUCUGUAAGAAAGGAUUUAAAUAUGAAGUUUCAAUUCCAUAAUAUCAAUUGCAAUAUCCAUGAAUUCAACAAAAUAGUUGAAUUGACAGUUUAUUGUUCAAUGUAUCGAUUUUGUCCUCUUUAGUAUGUAUUUGUAGUGUAUGAUGGGUAGUUUUAAUGUAUGCCAGAAUUUUUAUGUUUAUUUCUAAGACAAAUGUUGAUAAUACUGACACCACUUGUGUCUAUCUAGCUUUAUAUUUGCAUAAUAAAACAAAUCCUAUUUUAUUGUUUACCUUAAAGAUUUGCACCAUUCAUUGCAUAUAAUAUUCUUAUAAAAUAGCUUUCUUUAAUGUAUUUAUAAUCUAUGCAAGUUACAUGACCAGUGAGAUAGAAAAAUAGUUGUAUUGCAACCGUAUGACAAAACAUUAUAUUUCUUAGUGUUUUAAGACUUGCUAUUAUCUUUGUAGAUCUCUUCUGUUUCUCUUGUGUCUAAGAGAAGAGGAUUAUUAUUGAUUUUAUAAGAAGAUUAAAUGGGCUUUUCGCUAAUCUCUGUACUUAUGAUUUGCAAAUCGAUGAUAAUUAGGAAAGCAAAUUUUACAGAGAACUUACAGUGAAACCAGUAUAAUAAGUGUUCGUACAGAAUGGGUAAACUGCCUCUCUUCAUAACAAGCAUUUAUAGUUAUACUAGAAAGAAGCAAAACCUCUUUGAUUUAGGUCAAAAUGAUGUACCGGUAUUGAAUUCGGUUGAUAUUAUGUGUCAUUAUCUGUCCGUUAGUUUCAUUUUGGCGUAUUGUGUCUACACUUUUGGUCAAUUAUAUCUCAACAUCUAUGGACAUAAAAAAAUUUAAUGUAGACAGAUUUUUCUCCCAAAUAACAAAUUUAUACAUCAAAUCCAAUGAUAUCAAGACUUUUACUUUUUACCCUGAUCAAAGUGUUUUCGCUAUUAUUACACUUUUGAUAUAUACUCUUCAAAAAACGUAGGGGAUAUUCAGAAACAAUACAAAACUGUGGAAAUGCACUGCUAUUUUUAUUAGAGGUAACCAGUGUAUGUUUAUAACAGGCCAAUUGCCUACACAUGAAGAUAAACAGUUCAUAUGGGCGGCUUAUCUGACGGACCCAUUUCACUCGCAAAGAGAUACACUGUCAAAAGUGAAAAUGGACGUUUUUGAUUUUUGUCAUAAUAAUAGGUAAUUGCUCCACCAAUCCUCAGACAUUCAACAAUUCGUCCUGGCAUGCUCAUUGCUCCUAAUCAACCGUCCAAUCACGAUUUGGGGCAAUCUAAACCACUGCUCUUGCAGUGCCACGGCCAAUUCUUGCAGUGUUGUCGGUUGAUGUUGACGUCAACGAACACCGUCUCCCGAUCAUGUCCCAGACAUGCUCUAUAGGGGAAAGUCGGGACUUGUGGCUGACCAAGG